UCCUCCUGGUCGUAAGUGUAUGCUUCCUGACGAAUCUUGGAACGCCAGCCCAGUUCUUUGGUUUCACAGAAAGGUUUACUGUGUGAUUGGGAAGAUCUUUUCAAAUGUUAAACGUAAUGUUAAAAAGAGUUUUGUUCUUAGUUGUGGCGGUAUUCGUCAUUACUGUUUGGUUAACGUGUCAUGUUUUUAGCAAAACACGUGUAAAACCUGUCAGUUUUCUGAAAACAAGCACUUCUGCCUUUAAGGUGAUUUAUCCCACAGACGACGAUGCUUGUAACAGGGGACUAUCAUCGGAGCACUUUUCACGUAAAGACAUUAUCCAUAGCUACAACGUUAGCUCCAACGGAAGUGACGUCAUUGUCUUUGUGAGAAUUCAGAAGACUGGAAGUACGACAUUUGCAAGGCAUAUGACAGAUGAUCUAGACGUCACACCGUGGUGCCGAUGUGACGGUGAAGUUAAAACUAAAUGUGCGUGUUAUCAAGCGUGGAAAUCGAAUGUUUUGUUUAAACAAGAGAUGUAUGAGCAUCCAUGUCACGUCCACGCCGACUGGACCCAUCUACAUGCCUGUGUUGAAAACGCCAUGAACAGACGUAGUGGUCGGAAGAUCAAACGAAGACACCUGUAUGUUACCAUGCUGAGGCAUCCGUUGCCACGUUACCUAAGCGAAUGGAAUCACGUUUCAAGGGGUGCCACUUGGAUUGUCCCUCUUCUGUGUAAUGGUCGUUCCCCGACGACCGAGGAGCUCCCUAGGUGUUUCGAUGUUGACUGGAAAAACGUGACCCUGCAUGAGUUUAUGGACUGUAAAUCAAAUUUGGCCGUAAACAGACAGACCCGGAUGUUGGCAAACCUGAGCAUUGUGGACUGCUACAACACUUCCGCUUCCGGUUGGACUUAUGACGAAAGACAGUACCGCAUGCUGACAAGCGCAAAAGAAAAUCUUAAGAAUAUGGCGUACUUUGGUUUAACCGAAUAUCAGGAACUGUCACAAAUUCUUUUCGAGAAUACGUUUAAUUUAAGAUUUACUGCUAAAUUUAAGACAAAGCAUACCUCAUCUACAUUCAGUCUUACUGAGAACGAUCGCAACAAAAUCUUCUACAUGAGCAGAUUUGAUGUAAUGCUUUACGAUUAUGCCAAGGAUAUAUUUUUUCAAAGGUUGAAAUAUCUUGCCGCGACAUCGUCACAGCCACGUCUGAGCAGUCUACUUAGGGAACUUAGUAAUUCAGGUGGUCCGGCUCGCUAAUGUGCAGGUCUUUGUACCUUGAUGGCCUUUAUCACUGCUGGCAAUCACUGGAUUGUCUGGAUCAAAAUCCAAAUUUAAAAUUUAGACUAAGCAAAUUGAAUUACAACGCCCCUGUCUAGUUAGCAUUUAACUUCAUUUUGUUGUUAUUUUCACAGGCGAUGUUUGUCAUUAUUUCCUAAUUACAUCAUCGACAGAUGAAAAUUCAUACAAAAGAUGUGUUUUUUUCUUGCAUGUCCAAUUUACAAAAGACACAUUCUUAUCAUGACCAGACUCCAAGUCCUGUGCUGUAACUUAAAGGAAUAGUCUCUGGAAACCUGCUUGGAAACAGGAUGGUGCAGUAGGAAUUAAUCAAUCAAUUGAA